AUAUAAAAAAUCUCAUUCGACAAACUUAAUAAAAUAUAAAUAUUUAUAAAUAAAUAGUUCACUAUUUGUCCAUAAAAGCUAGCCAACACACAGUUUUUAAAUAAUGGCAUUUAUAUCCAGUGGUAGUUCAGGAAGAUUUAUCAUUCUAUUUUUAAGUUUGUUAAUUUAUUACGUUUUAGCAGUUUUUUAUUGCAUUUUCAAACCAAUUUUGCAAACAAUUAUCCUUAAAAGAGAUGUUUAGCAACAAAACCAUUUGACAGAUGACGUAAAACCUGUCAUUUCACCAGUGGAGUCGAUUGUGUUGGCUUGGGUUUGCUGAAAAUUGGCAAAGAAUGAUGAAAGAGUGAUCGGUGUUUUGGCGUGCCAUAAAAUGGAGCAGCCCAAUUUCGAUUUUAAUUUAGUGUGUAGGACUUGCAAAAGUGCAUCGUCGGAUAUGAGAAAUGUUUUUGAACAGUAUGAAAAUGCUACUGUUGUUUCCCGUAUCGACGAGAUGCUAAUGGCCUGCACUUCAAUACAGGCUACUGUUGAUGAUGGUUUACCUCAUUUGAUGUGUCAAAUAUGCCUGGAACAAUUAAAAAAUGCGUUUGUUUUCAAAGAAAAGGCUUUAAAAACAGAGGCAUUAUUAAAAGAAUCCGUGAAAAAUUUAAAAAAUGUAGUCAAACAAGAAGAUUCCGGUAAUGCCGAUUUUAUGGAAACAUUAAAUGACUUAUUUCAAGAAACAACUCAGAUACCAAAUGCACAACAAACUCAGGAUAAUCCCCAAGGCCUAACAAGUGAUUUUAUACAAAUUUUAGAAAACAAUCAAAUAUUAUUAACUUGCAGAGAAUGUAUGAAAAUGUUUACUACCUUAGAGGGUUUAAGGUGCCACAAAAGAAUACAUUUAGGUGGCAUGUUCAAAUGUAAAACUUGUGACAAGGAAUACACCAGAUUAAAUCAUUUGCAGAGGCAUGAAUUAUCACAUGGAAGGAGAAAAGUACAUGUUUGUAGAAUAUGUAAUAAAACACUUACAAGAAUGGAACAUUUGAAGAGACACUUAACAACUCACCUUAAAGAAAAACCAUUUGGCUGCAAGACUUGUAAUAGAGGAUUUAAUAGGAUUGAAAAUUUACACCAUCACACACCUAGAUGCAAAGGAGAAAUAGUUCAUAUUUGUGAUAUAUGUAAUAAGGUAUUCAACAGAGAAGACAGUCUUGAUGUACAUAAAAGGAUGCAUGACAUACAAGCACCAGCAUUGCCCACAAUUGAUAAUUUAGAUAACAUUGAAGAGCAUUAUUAUGAAAUUGAUUUUGAUGGUGAUCCAAUGCAAAUUGCUGAUGAAACAUCAGACAUGGAAGAUUGUUUUGAGCCGCAAGUUGAGGUGACAGAAAAUUUGGAUGUGGACAAAAUAAAAGAAGUGGAAGAUAUUGGUCGUGUAGAAGACUCAUUGGAUACAACUGAGGGAAACAAUGAGGAACAUGAAUCACAUAAUGAUGAAGACACCACUUUAGAAGAUACUUGUAAUGAUGAUACAUCAUCAAUUGAGGGAGAUACUGGGGCUGAUUUAAAUACUACUGUUGAAAAGGAAGAUGAUGAAUUUGGUGUAAAGGAUAACAUUGACAACAUAACUACAAAAAUUGAAGUGGAAGAAUCUGAGCUUACUGAUACUCAAGACCUAUUGAAUAUUGUAAAAGAAAUGGAUGCAGAAGCAUAUGAAGACGCUUCGGUCGACGACAGCGACGAGGAGUACCAACCGAGGAAGAAGCUAAGUAAACGAAGAGGCAGGCCUCCCAAGGAUCCAAACAGUCCGCCCAAAGUGAAAACACCAAAAGUGGCUGGUCGGGGUCGCGGCAGACCGCCCGGCUCCACCAACGUUAAUCGAUUUAAAAAAGAGAACAGCGACGAAGUAAUCACGGAAUUCCCGUGUCCGAUAUGCCAGGAAGUGUUCCGCACGCCCCUGAAAUUGGACCGUCACGCUCGCAAACAGCACGCGGGCAUGAAGAUUCACAAGUGCGAUGUGUGCAACAAGGAGUUCGAUCGGGCGAACCAUCUGCGACGUCACAGGAUGUCCCACUCCUCCGAGAAGCCUUACCAGUGCCAGGUGUGUACAAAGAGCUUUAACAGAAAGGACCAUCUAGUUCAACACCAGAAGCUGCACGAGAGGCAGCAGGACUACGAGUGCGACGUCUGUCAGAGACCGUUCAGCAGGGUCGAUCACUUGGCUAAGCACAAAGCUACCAAGCACGGUAUUGGUGAAAAGGUUGUUGCGGAAAAGAAAUACGGUUGCCCGUUGUGCAAUAAAUUUUUCACAACAGAAAAGUACAGAGACGUGCAUGCGAAAGGUCACAACGGUGAAAAAGAAUACAGAUGUAAAACAUGUCUGAAGUCAUUCAUAUCAAAAUCACAUCUCACAGAACACAUGAAGUUUCAUAAUGAUCAUUCGAAAAAGUUCUUGUGUUCAGAGUGUGGACAGAGGUUUAUAAGGAAUGACUACCUUGUUAUCCAUAUGCGAAGACACAGGGGAGAAAAACCGUUCAAGUGCAAAUAUUGUGGCAAAGGAUUCCCUCGAACAACAGAUUUGACAGUUCAUGAGCGAUACCAUACUGGCGAAAAGACGCAUCUCUGCACGAUUUGUGGUCGUGGAUUCGGACGUGCGUACAAUUUGACCGUCCAUAUGCGGACUCACACCGGCGAGAAACCGUACCAAUGCACUUAUUGCGAUGCUGCCUUCGCCCAGGGCAAUGAUUUGAAGGCGCAUAUUAGACGACAUACCGGCGAACGCUUUCAGUGCGAACUGUGCACGGAAAGCUUCCUAAUGGGAUAUCUGUUGACACAACACAAACGAACUGUACAUGGUCUGAAUGUGGUUAGUAAUAUCCGCCGCCUCCAGCCAAUCCACAAAAUCGAAGAGAAUCCAGACGAGCCUCCGCCAAUCACCAUACCUCUACCGAAGCCCGUAGUGCCGGAUAGCAUCCUUAAUUCGUUGCAUCAUCAGUUGGCCGUUGCACAGUUUCAUCAUCUCGCACGUCCAGAACAGCAACAGCAAGUGGGUAACACGGGUGUCGGAUUAACAUCACAGUUGAAUCGAACGGCAACGGAACAACUGCCCACUCAUGUGACGAUGUCAACUCAAAGACAGGACCAACAGCUCAUUCAUAUUACGAGGCCGGACCAGCAGCUAGCGAUGCCCUUGCAUCACAUGUAAAUCGUUCACAAAUGUGAAAAGAUUGUAUAGUUAUAUUUGCUUUUUAUUUUAAAUUUUUUACAUCAGAUUUUGUUAUAAGGAUUUCUUGAAGUAAUUGUGAUAUUUAUAAAAAAAUAAUGUAUGUGUACCGUUUACAAAGCAUAGUUGUCAAAAAUUAUUAGGUAUUUUACAGUGUACAUUAUUAUAUCAAUUAAUUGUAGUAUAUAUAUGUAGGACAUAUUAUGUAUAUAGGCACUCAUCUCAACAAAAUAAUUAGGUAUAGAAUAGUUAAAGAGCAUUUGUAUCAGGGAGAACCCAUUAGUAUAAGACUCCUUAAAUUCUCACUUUGUCUUUCAAUAAUUUUAAAUAUGAGCAGUGACGUUUACAUAUUUUUAAAAGCACAAAUCAAAUCAUUCAAAGGCCAUUAAUUUCGAUUGUGCUUUUUAUUUUAAGUUUUAGAUUUUUAGGCGUUUAUCUGUACGGUCUCAUAAGCAUAUAUUUUUUUAUUCCUAAUUUUUAUAAAUAAAGAGGGGUUCUAGAUGAUUUGCCUUAAUGGUUUUGUAAAUGUACAAGGCAAAGAAUCCUAAUUGUAAAUACCCAUAUUUUGUUAGUAGCUAAUACAUAUUUAAUAAAACUAUUAUUGUAUA